CUGAAAACGAAUAUACUGAAGAACUUCUACCAAAGAAACGAGUUAAUACAGUGAAUGAUGAAAAUUCUAUAUCAAAGGUGGAGAGUCGUCACUGUAGUAAUUGUUAUGGAACUGAACACUAUGCCAAUACAUGUAAAUUUCCUACAGUGAAUGGUGAAAAUUCUACAUCAAAGGUGGAGGGUCAUCACUGUGGUAAUUGUUUUGGAACUGGACACUAUGCCAAUACAUGUAAAUUUCCUAAAGAUCAUUUUAG